AUGCUGCCAGAUGCGGCUGAUGAUGAUGCUACCGCAGGUGACAAUGCUGAGGAAGAAUCUUCAAAGAUGUCCUUUCCAGUUGAUGAGAAUGGCAAGAGGUUGUAUGAGUGCAAGUACUGUAAAGAGACAUUUAGAAGCAAAAGUGCCCUCUAUGAUACACACAUGAGAAAAUGUCAUGAUCGUCCGGCAUUGGAGAAGAAGAAUGAAUGCGAGUUUUGUAGUCGGAAGUUUCACAGCAAGUCUGAUCUUAGAGCUCAUAUACGUAUUCAUACAGGAGAAAAGCCAUUUACAUGUGGAAUUUGUGGAAAAUCCUUCACACAGAGAGGACAUGUGUCAAUGCACAUUAAGAUACACACUGGACAGAGAGACUUUCCAUGCACAAUUUGUGGCAAGGCUUUCCAGUUUGCUACAACCCUCCGCAACCAUGUCAAGUUGCACACUGGUGAGAGGCCUCAUGUCUGCCAUCUUUGUGGAAAAGGCUUUAUUAAAAGUAACAACUUGAAGAAUCAUAUCAAAAUGCAUGAGAAAAAAGAGAAAGAGAUGGAGGAAAAUGCAAAUAGACGUCCUGAAGAAUUCAUUCCCGCAGAUCCAAAUGAUUGCACCAUCUCGUUUUCUCCACUGAAGAAAACUCCGUCAGGAAAACUGUUAGCCCAGGCAAGAGGAACCCCAUCUUCUUCAAGGACCCGUAUAUCAAAUCGAGCAUCCAAAGGUUCAGGCAUGAAAAAGCUUAUUGAGGAAGAGAUGACACCUGUUGAAGAACUUGGGGAGGAGUUGCCUGUUAUAAAGAAGGAGCCUGUGGAAGCUGAUGAACAAAUGCCAGAUGAAAUGGGAGAGAGCAGUGACAAUAUACAGGAAGAGACUGGCGAAGAGCCUGUUGCUGUGGAUCUGAAGUGUCCUUUUUGUGGCAAAAUAUGUUCCUCACCAUACCAUCUUGCAACUCAUAUUAAAUGUCACACUGGGGCUAGACCAUUCAUGUGCAAAGAUUGUGGCAAGUCUUUCCUGCAGGCAUCUCAUCUGAGAAGUCAUAUGCAGAUCCAUGGCAAGAGGGAGCAAAAUUUCCGCUGCAUUGUCUGCCUUGAAGAAUUUGCUACAUCCAAACUUUUACACUCGCACAUGAAGUUGCAUAAGGGGGAAAGACCCUAUGGCUGUUAUUUCUGUGACAAAGCAUAUGGCACAUCUCAACACUUACGUAGGCAUGUGAGAAGUUCUCACCCUGAAGAAAUGGAUAUUGACAUGAAUGUCUUAUUGAUGCCUACCUCCACAUUAAAUGAUGGCCGUGCAGUGGACGAAGAAAAAGAUGGCACAGGGCGACGUGUUUACAGGUGUCACUUCUGUGAAAAGUUUUAUUUUCUUGACAGACAUUUGAGAAGACAUGUCCAAACAAGCCAUCCUGAAAGAGAUCCCAAGAAUUUGUAUUUUCUCAGACCACCCAAUACAGACGGGGAAGAUUCAAAAUCUGAUAGUGUCAGCGUUAAAACGGAAAGUAUGUGGGACCCUGACUCUUCCAAUGAUUAUAGCGCAUCUGAAAUGACACCUGGCAAGGACACAUCACUCACAGAUGUACAGAUGACGGCUGGCCACACAUCCAGUAUUGAAGGUCCUGAUACAGAGGCACCAGAGAACUUGCAGGAGAGGAUCUAUGUUCCCCCAGUGAUGCAGCAGACCAUGUCGAGUUCUGUUGACUCAAAUGGUUCAGAGAAAAGCUUGUCUCGUGCUAGUUCCCCUGAUCAGAAUAUGCACUCAGAAAGUAAUGAGAAAGAUGAAGAUUUUAUUGUUGAAGUGAAGCAGGAACCAGUUGAUAAUGAUUAUGAAAACUGA